AUGCAACACUCUACGGAUCCAAGCUCGGAUCUGCAGCAUAGCGGCUUGGCUCAAGCCAACAUGCCGGCCAGUGUUUUCGCCGAGCAGGAAGAUACUCCUUCGGCCAACAGUCCUAUUGCCAAAGUGGCGUUCGACGCCGGGCAAACCUUGGACGACGUGAUCUUGCAAAUUCGAGCUUUGAUCCAAGGGCUGGUGGACGCGAAGGCUUCAGCCGGACCAGUACUAGUCGGACUGAAUUCGCCGCCGCCCAUCGCCUCGCCGUCCUCAUCCUGUCCCAUCGUGCCGCCGCUGUCCUUGCAGGUCGUCCUGCCCGUCUCUUCCCCGGACUUGCCAGUCCCCGCAGCGGCACAGCCAGACCCGACCACGGAAGCACGGCACGUGCCAGAGCCCGAGGAUGCACUGCCAAGGCGGAAAACCUCGACGCUGUCGGCUUUCAACGCACCUGGGAGGAUGUCCAAGAGGCAUCCCAGCCAUUUCUCACGAGCUUCAAAGGUCGGCCGUUUUGAGCUGCGCGCUGGCUGGGAAGUCUUCCCCGAUAGUCCGGUCUACUCCACCACGAACUCUGGGCGGCUGCAGUUGCAGUCCGAGACGCCAGUCAACUGGCCUGGAGUGAAUCGUUUUCGCCGGGUCUGGGCUGGCCUGGCAGUGGCGCUGAUUGCGAAGGACUGCUUUUCUGUGCCGCUGAUGCCCUUUGGCACUGACAUGACGUUCUGGUCUUUUGACAUCCUUGCCGCCAUUUUCUGGACCCUCAACCUGCCGGUCUCGUGCUGGCUGGCCCGCUCCAAGGCGACAGUUUGGCCACUGUUCCUAGCGCAAACGCUGGUUGAGCUGGUCCUAAUUGCUCCAACCUUUGUUGACCUUCUGAAUCACGGGCAGCCGCAUCCUCUCCAAUCAAUUCUGAGAGUUCUUCAGCUUUUCCGGCUCUUGCAAGCCUCGCACUGGUACAAGAUCACAGGUAUGUCCCACAUGGUCAGAGAGUGGCUCCGCCAUCGGAGCCGUGAAUUCCGGGCCUUCUGGAACAUUGCCUCCAUUAUGCUCAUCGGGGUCCUUCUGAUCCAUCUGAUCACAUGCAUGUGGUUUGCUGCUGGUGUGGGAGGAGAGGAUUCGUGGGUGGAUGAGCUCGACAUCACUGACAAGUCCUGGCAACAACAGUAUUUGUUGAGCUUUGAGUGGGCCAUUGGCCGACUUCCACCCUCACACCUGCCGGAGAAUAUGAAGCUCGCCAGGAGAUCUGAACGCUUUGUUGCCUUGCUGGGCACUGGCCUCAUGAUCCUCUUUGGGUCAAUAUUCACGUCCAUGAUCACAAAUGACAUCUCAGAUAUCCGUAGAGCACACCGGGAGCGGAAAGAAGCAGACUACCAUGUACGUGACUAUCUUCGCAUUUUCCCAGUUUCGCCUGAGCUUGAAGAGCACUUGAAACAGUAUUUGCAAAGAGCUCCAAAAGUCCAGCAGCCCAGCAAAGUUGUCAUAGAGAAUGUUCUUCCUGAGUAUCUCUUCAAAGAACUUUGCCACGAAGCCUUGAGCCCCGUCCUGAAGCAACAUUCAUUUUUCCGAACACUCUGCUCCAAGCACCCAGCUGUGCAGUACGCGUUGUGCAAAGAGCUGCAAGAUUGGCAUGUCGUACCACAGGAAAUCCUGUUCUCAGCUGGGCCUUUGUGCGAAAGAAUGCUAUUGAUGGUGCAUGGUGACAUAAAGUACACAAGGAUGGACGAAGCAGCUGUGAUUCAUGGAAGUAUGCGGGGUUCAAUUGCCUUGCAAUCAGUAUUGCCAACGAACGAGGUGCCGGCAGAGUCGCAUGUUUUACACGCCGGCCAUUGGAUUUGCGAGCCUUGCUUGUGGACAGCUUGGGCAUACGUGGGCAAGGCAGCUUCUUUGUCGACCGCAACUCUUGUAUGCUUGAGCCCGGAUAAGCUCAUCAUGGCCACGGAGGAUCACAAAGACGCAGCUGCCUUGAUUGCUGCUCAUGCUCGUAAGUUCGUUGCUCAGCUCAACGACACACCUCUGGAAGAGCUCUCAGACACAUUGGGCUUCUCGGCUUCAUGCGUGGGCACCUCGGCGUUGAGUGUCCCAAAUUGUAGCAGGGUCAGGCUGCUGAGCGGUGCAUCCUUCCCUGUAGAUGGCAACCAGACGCUGAAGCUCCACAUGCCCUGCCCGCAGAAUUGGCCCUGCUAUGCGUCCGGUGGAAAACUGAAGACCCAGCACAAGCUUCUCCCGGACUUCCUUACUGCUGAGCACAGCUCUGGAUUCAGCUUCCAUGAGGCAGAGAGCCUCGUGUUUGUGAGCUACUUGCACUUACAGACUUGUGCGCAGCACUUGGCCACCGGCCUCCGCCGUUUGCCUGACCGUUGCGUUAUUCUGGAUCCGGACCUGAGCAGACGCCAAACCAUCCUGAGCUUUUGGGGCUGUUUGAUUGCUGGCUUGCGCCCCUGCCUUGUGCAAGGCGAUCUUCUACGAGCAUGGGAGCAACUGGGGCGGCCGUCGAUACUGUCUGACAGCGCUUCGUUCAAGCAUCCUUGUAAAGUGGACUUGUCCCUGCUUCAAAGUACUGGGCAGUCAGCCACACUCACGCAGCCCAUGCACCAGUCCGUGUUUGCGAGCCAGUCCAGUCUAUCUAGUCAUGCCUUCCACGUGAUAUGCAGCGGACAUUUGUACAGCUAUUCGCAUGAGGCAGUCCUGGCAAAUGCACUUGCAAUCAAUGGGCUCGCUUCCACAUCCACCAGACGGCUCAGUUGGAUGCCUGUGACUUCUGCCUUUGUGAUUCUUUCCCACUGCGCGGCUGUGCUUUGCGGUGCGAGCGAAGUCCAUUGCGACGGCAGCGAGCCUCGGCGGCUUUUGCCUCUGCUGCGCGCCACGCGCUGCGAUCUGCUGGCGGCCCCGCUGAUCUUCUUCCGCCGGGCCUUGGGCCUCGUGCGGAGCGGCGCCGGCGCCGGGCUCGCAGGCAGCUUCGCUACAUGGCUCCUUGGGGAGGCGGGCGCGGCCUGGGAGGAGUUUCGGUCGCUGGUGCGAGCCCCCACGUACCAGGUGCUGGUGGCACCCUGGGGCACUGUGCUGGCCCAGGACGGCUGCCCGCUGCCAGGGCUGGAGAUGAGGUACGGGUGCGGGCAGCCAGGUAAUCACUCUCACCCCGGUAAUCACAAUCACCCCUCUCACGUGAGAGGCCUGGUGGCCUUGCCGGCCGCCUCAGCCUCCGUGUCAAAGGGAUGGGUGCCGCUGGAGCAGAAGCAGCCGGAGUUGGUGCAUGUCUCGGGGGUCACAUACACCUCAGAUGAGAUCGAGGCUGCUGUGGAGCUGGCCCCGGAAGUGCUGCCAGGAUCUGCAGUGGCAAUGGACAUGGCUGGGCUUGUCGUUUUCUUUGUGCCUUCGAAUGCAGCUGCCUGCUGUGCAGAGAAAUCUGUGCAAGCGCUGAAGAGCCACUUGGCGCUGUCCCUGGGGAUCCAUGCGCGAUUCAAUCCACUGGCGGCUUGCAAGACGCCUCGAGCCCCAGAUGGUGCCCCACUGCGUGGGCCACUGCGCGAAUUGGAGCCCUACUCAAGCCAGUCCCUGCCUGAUGAUUGGAUUCUGGAAGAGGACUUCAAAGCAUCUGCCGUACAGGAAGAUGAAGAUGCUCUGGAAGAACGUAUGGAGGGAGUGGAAGUUCCGGCCAGCAGCUCUAAGACAUACCUGUUGGUUCAAGCUGCUUCCACUUUGACAGUUGCGCCUGCACUGAGGGCCGGUGGCGCGACCAUCAUCGAGAGUUGUUGUGAGGGAGCUGCAGAGGUAUUGGAGACACUAGACGGCGAGGUGGUGGUGGUGAACCUUUUGCAGUGUGGGGACGAUAGUGAGGGAAGUGCAGUGAGUUGCUUCAUCGGCUUGCUGCGAAGCUGGGAGAGGAGGCACAACGACACCAAGAUCCCUCUGCUGAGGAUUUUGUGUGUCUCUGUGGGCCGGCACCCACGUGUAGGCCCGGCCAAGGACCCUCGGAAGCACUUCCUGUCGGGGGUGCUGCUGUGCGCGUUGGCUGAGCUGCCGUGGCUCCGGGCGCGGCAGCUGGACGUGGGCGCUUCGAGCUUGCCGGAAGCGGUGCUGCAGGAGCUGUCGGACUUCGGGGACCUGGACGACCACCCAGAGGUCCUCGUGGACGAGGGCCAUCGCCUGCUGCGCCGUCUCAAGAGCGUGAAGCUUUCCAAGAAGGCUUCCCCCGAAAGGCUGCGGGCCGCGUUGCUGGCGGGCGGUGCUGGCGGCGUGGGUACUCUUUGGGCCUCCCACCUGAAUGCGGACUCGCUGAUUUUGCUGGGGCGCGCCCCUGCCAGCCGUAAGCAUGCGCUGCAGCUGCUUGAAGCUGGCACUGCGGCGGUGCGCUACCUGCAGGUGGACGUGGGAAACAAGGAACACCUGCGGGCAGCGCUGCGCGACUUGCCGGACCUUCCGGCACUGGACCUGGCGGCCAACCUUUGCGAGUCCUUCCCGGCCCCACGGCCCGUGCUGGAGCUGCAAACCUUGGAAGGGCCCAAAGCCAAAUUGCGUGCUGCGCAGAACUUCAUCGAGAUCUUGACUGAGCUGCAGACCCAACGCCGCAAGCUCCCAGUGCUGUUCACCUCUACGGCAGUGAGCGUGAUGGGGGCACCUCGGCUGGGCGAGUACGCGGCUGGGGCGCGGGCCGUGGAAGCGCUGUGUGCCCAGCACGCAUCGGGACGCCUGGAAGUGCGGUGUGCGGCGCUGUCCGCUUGGGAUGGGGUGGGCAUCACGCAGCGGUUCCCAGCACUGGCCCAGGCAGCGCCCGGCGCCGGGCUGCACGUGCUGUCGCCGCGGCUGGGGGUCUUGGCGCUGGAGGCUGUGCUCGGCUUGACGUCUGUGGUGGCUGUGGGUCUGGAUGCCGCACACCCGCGCCUGCUGCCGCUUACGGGUGGCAAGGCCAGGUCCAGCCUCACGGUCACCUCUCUGCCCGGGUGUGUGGAAGUGGUGCAGGCGGCGGUGAGGAAGGUCCUGAGCCGGGAGGCACAGCUGGCCGACAGCUUCGUGGAACUUGGCAUGGACUCCAUGACUUCCAUGUCGCUGCACUCCGCGCUUUGUGACUCCUCGGGCCAAGUGCUUCCUUUGAGCAUUUUCUAUGAGCAGCCCACGGUGCUUGAGGUGGCCACCUUUCUUCAUGGAAAAAGUGGGACGGGUGCGGAGGGCGCAGAGACAGGCUUGGAGUCACUGCUGGAGGAUGUUGAGGCGCGGAGGUCCUACUACCUAAGCCUGGCUCGGGACGCCUUCGCGCGUGGCAACCUGCAGGCAGCCCGGCAGAACGCGCGCCUCGCGGCCGGCGGCCACGCGGGGCUCACGGCGCUAGCGCUGCUGGCGGCGUGCGGCACCCACGGGCGGUCGCUGUGGGCGGCCAGCUGCGCGGCCCGCGGAGCUGAUCACGUGGACUCUGCAGUGGCCCUGGCCCGACUGGCCCUCGAGGCAAACGCGAAGCCGAUGUCGGACAAGCUGGUGGAGGGGGAAAAUGGGGAGGAGCUGGAGGAAGGGGAGAGUGAAGAAGCCAGGGAAAUAAUUCUGGACUUCGAGGGUGACUGGUCAGCUGCCUUUGCACAACAGCGCCGGCGCUUUAUGCUGGCCAUCACAUGGGUAUCCGGCGCAGGUUGGGCCACCAUUGGUUUUUCGGGUGCUGUACUGGAUUUGGGCAAAGGAUUUCAGCAGCUCACCUUCUUGAAUCUUGACGGCCAGCAGCUGGAGUCGGUCAGUUGCCUCGGCAUGCUGAAGCGCUUGGAAGUGUUGAAGCUGCGCAGGAACUUGAUUUCUGUGGUGCCAGACAGCUUGGGCCAGCUUGGAAGCCUCCGUGAGCUUUGGCUCACUUGCAAUGCCCUGAGGGACUUGCCGGAGGUGAGCUGGCCAAAGCUGCAGGUGCUGUGCCUGGAACGCAACCGCUUCGCGCGGCUGCCUGCACUCGCCCAGCUGCGGAAGCUACAGCAACUGGGCCUUGAUGAGCAGCAGCCGGGCUUAACUGGCUCCAGCGGCUCCAGCGGCUCCGGCAGUCUGACUUCCGCUUUGGUCCUUCCCAUCCUGUCAGUGCUGAGGGGCCGGAACUGUGGACACGAGUCCUUGCCAGGGCUGCAGUGCCCGAACCUGAACAGCCUUUUCUGGGCCAACAAUGGACUGCAAGCAAUACCACUGCUGAACUCCAGCUUGCGGCUCUUAGAUCUCGCGCACAACCAGAUUUCCUGCAUCUCUGAGAACAUCUUCGAGCUGCACGUGCUGAGGGAUCUGAGCCUGGCAGGCAAUCGACUGCAGCAACUGCCGGACUUGAGCAAGCUGAAGGGCCUGCAGCAGCUCUGGCUGCACGGGAACCUCUUGGAGUCGUUGCCCAGCCUGGAUGAGAACCGAAACCUGGCGAUCUUGGAGCUGCACCACAACCGCCUGCAGUCUCUGCCGUCGUUGUCGAAGCUGCAGAAGCUGAAUUGGCUCUUCGCCCAUGGCAAUCUGCUCUCCGACGUGGGCCUCUUUCGGGACUUGGCCAACCUGCCGCGGCUCAAGGUGGUGGGCCUGGGCUGCAACCGCCUGCCGUUGCAUGACCUGGACCUGCAGCACCUCCGUGCCAGCUUCGGCCUCGCCUGGAAUCCCGGCCUCACCCAGGAGUUGCUCACGGAGGCGUUGACCACCACGGAGAUCCAUUGGGACCUCAUGGCGGAGAAGGUGCAGGAGAUCCUGGUGAUCACCUUCUCGGCCCAGGGCGCGCCUGUGGCACAGGGCCAGGCUGAGGUGCGGGCCUUGCGAGACGCCUUUCUGAAGGUGGACGCCUUGUACGUUUGCGACCCCGCCAACGCCUGGUUCCUUCAGGACCCCACCUUGCAAUGGAGGGGCCUGGAGUACUUCGAGGAGAGGAUCUCGAGGAUCACCAGUCGGUACCGGCGGGUCUUCGCCUGGGGCGGCUCCAUGGGAGGUUCGAGGCUUACACCUGGCCAUCCUUCGCAUCGGCAUCCGUGCGUGAGCAGUUCCGGAGACGAGUGCAGGAUGCCACGCGUGGGCGGAAUGUGCAGCUGCAUGUCGGCGCUGAGAACCACACAGACAAUCGACAUGCUGCCGCGCUUCCCAACGCCGUGGUGCACUUUCAUGAAACUGCAAACCACAACACCAUGAAGCACCUGAAGCAGAGAGGCAAGCUGCUUGCACUGUUGAAGUUCGAGGUGGUUGACCUGCUUGUGGACUUGGAGAGUGCAAAGCUUGCGG